GUCAGAGCGUAGCGCCCGAGGACAAAAAAAGCGGGAGGAAGCAAAAACUAACAACAGUGUUGUUUUAAGAUUCGUCACAAAUUGUCGUUCGCCUAUAGUGACAUGACAUCCCCCUAAUGCCCUAGGCGUCCCCCGCGGGUCUCUUCUUUAUUUUCGACUUUGGCGAAUUUAUGCGUGGAAGGCCGACAAAAAUGGAGCGUGUGCCUUUAAGGCCUGUCCUCUCCGUGACUGACGCCCAGCGUUAGCCCAGACGCACUCUCACAGUCCGAACCGAACCUAACGCAAAAGAAAGAACUUCUCAGCGCGUCCUGCCUGGUGUUCCAGUUGCCUGCCGGCGAGCCGCCAGGAUGAGGCCCGCUCAGCUGAUCCGUCCUGCCGCCACAGUUGCGCUCCUCUUCUUCGUCUCAGCACUGUCCGUGUCCUCUGGCUGCAACAAAGCUCUGUGUGCCAGCGACGUCAGCAAGUGCCUCAUCCAGGAGCUGUGCCAGUGUCGCCCCACUGAUGGCAACUGCUCGUGCUGCAAGGAGUGCAUGCUGUGCUUGGGUAACCUGUGGGAGGAGUGCUGCGAUUGCGUAGGUAUGUGCAACCCCAAGAACUACAGCGACUCGCCGGCCACUUCUAAGAGCACGGUGGAGGAACUGCACCGGCCCAUCCCAUCGCUCUUCCGUGCCCUCACAGAGGGUGACGCACCUGUCAACAUGAUGGUGGUCUCCUUUCCUGUGUCUGAGGAGCUUUCCCACCACGAGAACCUGGUCUCCUUCCUGGAGUCGCUGGACGGCCCGCACCAGAAUGUGUCAGUGCCCGCCAACAGCAUUCACGCCACCUACGACGCGCAAGAGAACAUGUGCACGGUGGUGUACUUCGACGACUGCGUGUCCAUCCGCCAGUGCAAACUAUACUGCGAAUCGAUGGGUGGCUCCAAAUACCGCUGGUUUCACAACGCUUGCUGCCAAUGCAUUGGGCCCGAGUGCGUUGACUAUGGCAGCAAAGCCGUCAAGUGCAUCAACUGUCUCUUCUAGGAAAAAUUGGGCACAAAACCACCUUUCAUGCGGCCAUUUCUACAUCUUUCCAGUGUCACUCUUCUGUUUUAAUGGCACCAACACCCGAAACUAUUAGGAUGAAGUCAACCCCGUAAUUACCCGCCUACUGCUGUCACAGCUGUAAUGGAAGGUUGGUUGGCGAUGUUGUGAAAAGGGAUUCCGCAAAACUCUUCCCUCGUCCUAGAUGUUUCUGUCUGACAACUUUUUUUUUUUUUUUUUACUCUAUUGAUUGUAAACUUGGUGGCUGUGUGAAAGCCCACACAGCCGCAUCAGUGUCUGGCCAUUGCCGGGUUCUGUGUUAAUGGCAGAGGUGGAUAUUUGGAUGCUAUAUCUGUUACGGCUCUGAUACAGGAAUUUUGCACAAUCUCAACGUAAAAGGCAAAGUCUGAUCCGUUACUGCUUUUUCUGUUACUGCGCUGAUACAGAUAUUUUGCAAAUUGUCUGUGUAAAAAGGUAAAACCAGAUAUUUUGUUACAGUGCUGUUGUAAGUAUUUGGCAGCAUCUGCGCAAAAGGUACAGCCAAGAAAAUGUUGGUUCUUUCUGUUAUGACACUGAUAUUUUGCAGGCUUUCUGUAGAAAAGGAAAAAUAUAAUGAUAGGUGACGGCUAGUUCGUAUGCAGGUAUUAGGAGCAUCUCUGUCUAAAAGCCAAAUAAAAGCUGGAUCUUUCAUUAAAAUGUUGAAGUCAUUUGACAGAAUCUGCGUGAAAAAAAGAGUCAAGUGUGGCAUAAUGUCCACUUGUGCACAUUCGUAAUCAUUAUUUUUAGAUAUAUUUUGUGAUGAAAAAAUAACAUUAAAUGAAUAAACAAAAAUACAUG